CAAAACCAACACACACACACCAAAAAAAAAAAAAAAGACAGUCUUACGAAACAAAUCGAAAUCUCAAAAACUCUUGUGUGAAAGAACCUCCUCUUUCUUCUACUGCCCAAUCCCCUUCGAUUUUUUUUUUUUUUGCUUCAAUGGAUGUUUGAUUUGCCCUUGGACUGCCUUUGUUUACUAUGGACCACGAAGGUGUCAUGGUUGCUGAUGGGAUUGACUCUACUCUUGCUAAUGGUGGCUUGAUUACGGAAAGUGUCUGUCAUCAAGAAAAUGGGGUUGCGUCUGACGAAACCGUUGAUACUAUUGAAUCACAAAGUCAGGAUCAGAAUUCGGGAAACAUUUCCACUUUGGAUGCUAUUGAACACCUCAAAGAGGCAGCUGAGGGCACACAAGUUGAAAAUGUAGAUGAUUCAAUGUGUAUGAAAAGCGAAAAGGCUCAACGGAAGCUAAAGCAUGACAAACUAUCUGGUGGUAAGAAUAUUCCAUCGGUUCACAUCAAAAAGAACAAGGAGGUCAAGACUGCAGGCGCUAAAGUGGCUGCAUCAAAUGGUUCUGUUGCUCCUAAUGCACAGACUACAGAGCCUCUUAAAAGCAAAUCAUUCAAUGGUAGAGAGGCUCAAGUUACAAAGCAAGGGAAGCAUGACUCUGCACCUGCUGAAAGCGCUGCCGGGGACAAGGUGAAACCAAAGCCUCAAAAGAAACAAGCACAUGAGACAUCUGAAGAUGAUACUCAGUCUUCUAAUAGUCCGAAAGCAGACGAUGGAAAACCUCGUAAAGUUGGUGCACUUCCAAAUUACGGGUUCAGUUUCAAAUGCGACCAACGGGCUGAAAAGAGAAGAGAGUUCUAUGUCAAGCUCGAAGAGAAGACUCAUGCAAAAGAAGAGGAAAUUAAUAGCAUGCAAGCCAAGUCCAAGGAAACACAAGAAGCUGAGCUUAGGAUGCUAAGGAAGAGCUUGAACUUCAAAGCCACACCCAUGCCUAGCUUUUAUCAAGAACCUCAGCCGCCUAAAACAGAGUUAAAGAAGAAGAUACCACCAACGAGACCCAAGUCUCCCAAACUUGGGAGAAAGAAGACUGCUUCUGGAGUGGAUUGUGAAGAAACUCAAACACCUCGCCUUGGUAGGCUAAGCCUAGAUGAGAGAGCUUCUAAAGAUAACUCAGCUGCUAAGGGAAUUAUGCCAACAGUUGAGCUGAAGAAGCAACCAGUGCGCAAGUCACUUCCAAGAUUGCCAUCUCAGAAAACAGCUCUCCCCGAUGGAAAACCCGCCCCAGCAAAAGCUGCCACAACCUCAGCAAAGGUGAAACCUGAAAAAAAGAAAGUUGAAAAAGAUGCAGAAACCGUAAACCAGUCUUCACAUCCUGUAGAAGAGGAAGCACAAGUGACUGUAUCAUCCAAUGCUGAUGCAGAAGAUUCACAUGAGGUUGUAUCUCCGAGGAUGAAUGAAGACAGAGCCGACAAGUCCAUGGAGGUAUCUGAAGCGGUUGCUGUUGAGCAUUAAAAACUCUGCGGUACGAUCAUUACUCUCAAGACUCAUCAUAUCUCUCUUGCAUUGAUUAAGGAGGACAAAGGAGAAAAAGAAACCGUAUUAUAUUUAAAUAUAUAUCUUCAGCCUAAACUUAUAUGAGAAGAGAGAUGGGUAAAAAGAGUGAAAAGAAUUAUAUAGGUCUGGUUCUAAAGGUUGCUGCUUUUAUAUAUUCCUAUGUUUGAUGGUAAUGUUUUUAAUCUUUUAAGUUGCUUUUUGAUGUCAAGAUCUUCUUUUCUUUUUUUCUUUUUUUGAUGCUUUGAUUCCUAAAAGGUGAAUAUUCAGGAGAUUCUGCGUUUCUUUCUGUCUGUGUAUUCUUUCUUUUUUUUAUAUUCUCAUUUUUGUUAUUAUGGCUU